GCGGCGCCGGCCGGCAUGGCCCCGGGCCGGGCGGUGGCCGGGCUCCUGCUGCUGGCGGCCGCGGGCGUCGGAGGCGCGGCCGCGGGCCCCGCGCUGGCCUUCAGCGAGGAUGUGCUGAGCGUGUUCGGCGCGAACCGGAGCCUGUCGGCGGCGCAGCUGGCGCACCUGCUGGAGCAGCUGGGAGCCGCCCCCACCCACGGCGUGGCCGAGCCCGCGCGGCUGCACUUCAACCAGUGUCUAUCAGCAGAAGAGAUCUUUUCCCUUCAUGGCUUUUCAAAUACUACUCAGAUAAGCAGCUCCAACUUCUCUGUGAUCUGUCCAGCAGUCUUACAGCAAUUGAACUUUCAUCCUUGUGAGGAUCGGCACAAACACAAAACAAAACCAAGUAUUUCAGAAGUUUGGGGAUACGGACUCUUGUCAGUGACAAUUAUUAAUCUGGCAUCCCUCCUCGGAUUGAUUUUGACUCCAUUGAUAAAGAAAUCUUAUUUCCCGAAGAUUUUGACCUUUUUUGUUGGUCUAGCUAUUGGGACUCUAUUUUCAAAUGCCAUUUUCCAGCUUAUUCCAGAGGCAUUUGGAUUCAAUCCCAAAAGUGACAACUAUGUUGAGAAGGCAGUUGCUGUGUUUGGUGGAUUUUACAUACUUUUCUUUUUUGAAAGAGUGCUUAAGAUGUUAUUAAAGACGUAUGGUCAGAAUGAUCAUACCCACUUUAGAAAUGAUGACUUUGGUCCUUCUCAUGAGAAAACUCAUCAACCUAAAACAUUACCUGCCAUCAAUGGUGUGACCUGUUAUGCAAAUCCAGCUGUCACAGAGCCUAAUGGACACAUCCAUUUUGAUAAUGUCAGUGUGGUAUCUCUACAGGAUGGAAAAAUGGAGUCAAGUUCAUGUACCUGUUUGAAGGGACCCAAACUGUCCAAAAUAGGGACAAUUGCCUGGAUGAUAACGCUCAGUGAUGCCCUCCACAAUUUCAUCGAUGGCCUGGCGAUUGGGGCUUCCUGCACCUUGUCUCUUCUUCAGGGACUCAGUACUUCUAUAGCAAUUCUGUGUGAAGAAUUUCCUCAUGAGUUAGGGGACUUUGUGAUCCUACUCAGUGCAGGAAUGAGCACUCGGCAAGCUCUGUUAUUCAAUUUCCUUUCGGCAUGUUCCUGCUACGUUGGGCUAGCUUUUGGCAUUUUGGUGGGCAACAAUUUUGCUCCAAAUAUUAUAUUUGCCCUUGCUGGGGGCAUGUUCCUCUAUAUUUCUCUGGCAGAUAUGUUUCCAGAGAUGAACGAUAUGCUCAGAGAAAAGAUAACUGGAAGAAAAACCGAUUUUACUUACUUCAUGAUUCAGAAUGCUGGAAUGUUAACUGGAUUCACAGCCAUUCUUCUCAUUACCUUGUAUGCAGGAGAAAUUGAAUUGGAGUAACAGCAAAUGAAAGAUGGUGUUUUUAAUGAAGGCAUUUAAUAAAUAAAAACAUCUCCAAAGGGAUUUUUAAGCUGAUCCUAUUUAGUUAAAAGAUAAUUUUAUUUUCAACUGUAGGUCAAGAAAACUGAUUAUUGGUUUUAGAUCUGUGAAGUAAGCCAUUGUUUGUUGUUAAAAAUGCUUCAAAGGGUUUUCAGUUCCAGUCUGAGAAAGGCUGGUAUAGGAGAUCUUUGGUCAAUACCCACUUCUUCAUGUGUCAUGCAUUCUACAAUCAUUUAGACACCCAGACCCAGAGAUGAAUACAACCUUUGUAACCUAUUGUAUAAGCCUUUAAACCUCUGUGGCAGGCUCAAAAGCUCAGGCAGUUUCAGAGUGGUUUUCUUUUGGCCAAUUUGUUCCAGUGCUUUCAUUAACAUGUGGAAGAGAAUCGACAUGCAUAUAACACAGAUAUAAAUGAUUCCAAGGCCUUAAUGAGCCUAGGGAAGAAAGAUUGCUCACAGCUUUUCUUUGUUUUAUAUACCAGUUAGAGACCUGCAGGAUUGUUUUAAAACCCAUCCUAAAAUAAUAUGAAUUCUGAAACCAGUAAAAUUUUGUUAGCCCUACUAAGUUCAGACUUGGUCUCACACUUCAUCUCUAAGUGGGAGCUCUAGUGGAUCCUGCACAAAUCCGGAAUUGCUUUUUUUAUGACUUAGGUUGUAAUUAUACCAUAACACCUGGGCCGCUCGGCUUCAGAAUACCAUGUGUCUGCCUAUGAAGGGAAAGACUCCGUGGGUUUGGAGAAAGAAAAUGAAUGUAAUUUUAAGCAAUUUACUUUUAAAAAUAAACACGAUUAUUUAGCAGAGGAUGUUUUAAAUAAAUGCAAAAUAACAGAUGGACUGCUAUAUCAAGGGCUGAUUAACUAGAAGACACAUUGCUUAUGGGUGAUUGAGAGCAAUCAGAAAAGACUUCUGUGUUCAAUCUACAUUUUUCCUGUAUGGCAUACCUUGAAAAAAUUUCCACGUACCAUGGUUAUGUCUGUACCUAUUUUAGGUGAUAGGGCCUGUUUGCUCCGUUAGCAGCUAUAGAAAGUUGGUCUGCAAUUAAACAUCCUAACCCCAAUUCACACUCCCACGUCACUUCAGGAGAGAUGAUUGACAGUGAGGAAAGUGAUGGAUAAAGGGCAACAAUGAUCUCAGGAAUCCCAUUUGCUCACAGACCAUACAGUGGUGUCACACAGCAAUAAUGCAGAUUAGAUCAAUAUUUAACAUAUCUGUUAAUGUAGAUUUCACUUUAUGACUGACAAUUAAAAAAAAAAAAUCUUCUUUGACCAAAUAGUAAACACCGCUGAAGCCAUCCAUUGUCUCCUUCGUUGUUCAUUUUAAUAUGUAUCUUUUUGAGUGACUUCCAGGUAUUUGGCAUUACAGGGAGAGAGAUAAGUAGGAAAUUGGUGAUGUGUUUAUUGCAAAGAUAUUCAGCAAAAUAAAUACUGUAAAGAUUAAUCAGUAAACAUAGAAUCUAUUUUUAUCAUCUAAUCUUUUUACAUUCAGUCUUAAGAAAUAAUCUUUACCUUUUUAAAGCACAGAUUGUAUGUCUGAGUUAAGAAACUAUUUACGUGAUAUUAAAACAAGAUAGUUUAACAAAC